CUCAGUUCUGUUACGUUUCGCUUUUGGUUCAGCAUAAUCGCAGUGGUUUGGACGAGAGAAGAUAAGCGAGACUACUAACGCCGAAGCUUAAUAACCUGGUUGUUCUGUGGACGAUUAACUUGAGAAGUUUCGAAAAGGAACUCAUUAAGAAAACCAAUACAAUACUGUCAUCAUGGCUUCCACAGAAUAUGUUAUGCCCCAGAAGGAGACUGAAGAGCAAAGCCUAACUAAAGCCAUGGACGAACUGGAGUUGUGGAGGAACAAAGUUGAGAAAGCCGAGACGGAGAAGUCCAGACUUCUCCUGGAGAAACUGAGCGCAGAGGAGACCAAAAAACAAGCCCAAAAUGAAACGAUGAAGCUCGUGGAGCAACAGAAAAAGUUGGAAGAAGCCUUUGAAAAAACGAAUCAAGCAAAACAGGACAGUAUCCUGCAACUUGAGAAAAGUAAUCAGGCGCUGAUGCAGCAGCUGCAGAAGUACGAAGACAUGCUGAAAGCCAAGAAGGCUGAGUACUCAUCUCUCCAGCAGCUCUCCAAGGUUAAAGCAGACAUUCCCGAAACGAAGGUGACAUUCACAGGGGUGGAGACAGAAGGGGAGGACACAAACUAUGAGGACAUUGUGGGUGUCUUCACCAUUACCCAGAAGCCCUCGCUACACCUGGCUGGUGGGGAGGCACUCAUCACGUUUGAGGAGGAGAAAGUGGCAGAAAAUAUUCUGAGGCUGCCCAGGUGCUCCGUGGCUUUUGACAAUAACAGAAUGGACCUGAAUCCCAUCAAAGUGACGCUGGGCUCCUCCGUGAAGUUUGAGGUGCACCUGAAUGUGUCUAAGAGGAAGCUGCGCUUCUCCAACCUGUUCCCUCACCUGCCCGCGGAGCGCAUGCGGGAUCACCUGGAGAUCAGGUUCUCCAAGCCCAGCCUCGGGGGAGGGGAGGUGGAGGAGGUGGCCUACAACAUGGACACGGGCUCGGGCGAGAUCACCUUCCUCAACACCGGAGUUGCUGAGCGCUUGGCCCUCAAGAGGAAAUACACCCUCGAUGCCAGUCAGGAGGUUCAUGUCUCUGUCCAGCCUUCUUUCGAAUACCAGCUGAAGAAAUUUCAGACUUACUGCGGGGUCUCCAAGCGUACGGUGCUGCUUCGCGGGAUCGAGGACGUCGUGGACGAGGAGGAUCUACAAGAUCACCUGGAGAUCCACUUCCAGAAGCCCAGCAACUACGGCGGGGAGGUGGAGAACAUCAAGUACAUCAGCAGACCCAAAAGCGCUGAAGCCUACUUCAGCGAGGACGCCACGUAAACUAAAGACAGCACAUGUUGAAACGUCUGCUGCAGUUUCCUUCGUAUAGCACGUUCUGCAAAGGGCAUUGUCACACAGAGCAGCUUUACAGUGAUCCAGGCCUGAAUCCCCCAAUAACAUGCCUUAGGGCAACAGUGGCAGAGGAGACACUCCCUGACUGGUAACAGGAAGAAACCUUGAGCAGAACCUGCCCUUCUGCCACAAUGCCACUGUCUAGGAAAAAAAGCUAAUUACGUGUAAUCUAUAAAUCAUCUGCUAUAAGUGAGAACCCUGUUCCUUUUCAUUAUCUUGAUAAGUAUAAACUAUCUUUUAGAUAAGAUUUUAAACUGAGGUCUUGACUCACCUGACUUAUUACAAUGACUAUGGGGGUAUCUUGAUGUUUUGUCCCAACCUGCCCACUUAAUCAUCCCCCACUUUCAUUGGCUCGAUGCUUUCCUCCCUCUCCACCUAAUCUAAUUUGCGUUACGGUGUUCUGAUGCAAAAUGGCCGCCAAGAAUGUGGGUGCUACAAAUUGGUUGUGGUUGAGGUGAGUUUCCCCCCUUCACUGUGAAGGGAUUUGAGAUCAUGAUUUGAAAAGCCAUGCCCAUGAUGAUAAUAAUGAUGAUGAUGAUAAUGCUACUAAUAAUAAUAUUAAUUCUUCUUCUUAUUAUUACUAUUAUAUGCACCAAAUGAUAAUCAAAUAAGAGUUUUCACUGUGAUAGCUUCAGUGAAGGCUUGUGGCACAGCCUGAAAAUGCAAACGUCAACUCUUCAGCAAAUUGUAAUUCACCUGAAAUCCACUAUGUGUCUCUGUAGCAGUAAUAUGUAAUGUCUGUAUGUGACAAUGAAAUUGCUUAUUCUAAGGCUGGGAUUAAUUAAAGGACUAUUUGUGAUUA